AUAAUAUUACUAGCUACGUAUAUUGUCUAUCAAAGCUAGCCACACCUCUCAAUUGAGCUUUCCCUUUACUUAUAUAACCAUCAUACAUUAUACAUAUGCAUAUGAUAAACGCACACACAUCAUCAUUAUUACAGGCAAGUUCUUAUGGAGGAAGGAGAAUAUCAAAGAUCCCUUGAAGAAACGCCAACAUGGUCUGUCUCAAUCUUUUGCUUCUUCCUCCUUAUAAUAACUUUGAUCAUUGAAGGAGGUAUCCACAAAUUGACUAAGUUCCUGAGGAAAAAGAAAAGAAAAUCACUAGAGAUGGCUCUAGUUAAAACUAAAACAGAAAUGAUGAAAUUGGGUUUCAUGUCGUUUCUUCUUACAAUAUCGGAAGACGUGCCGAUAUCCAAAAUCUGCAUCAACAAGGCUGUGGCAAAUUCAUUCUUACCAUGUAAAGAUUCUGCUGAUAAUUACUUAACAGGAUUAGCUUCUGCCUCAGCUUCUCGUGAUUCAACCACACAAUUAGACAAAACUCCACCUACCAACGAUUCUGCAUAUGAGGUCAACUAUUGUGAAGCAAAGGGCAUGGUUAGUCUAGUUUCAAGUGACGGAAUUCUGCAGCUAAAUAUCUUCAUCUCCAUUUUGGCAGUGUUUCAUAUUCUGUACUGCACUUUGACAAUGGGCCUUGGGAAGGCAAAGAUGAGAAGAUGGAAAAAAUGGGAAGACGAGACUCAAUCACUUGAAUAUCAAAUAGCUAAUGAUUCAAGAAGGUUCCAGUACACAGGUCAAACAUUGAUUGGCAAGCGUCAUUUGAAAUUCUGGACCAAUUUUUCUCCCUUACUUUGGAUGGUUUGUUUUCUUAGGCAAUUCUAUGGCCCAGUCUCAAAAGAUGAUUACUUUGCUCUACGAAAUGGGUUCAUUGCAGCUAAUAUUUCUGUAGGAAGCACUUUCAACUUCAAGAAAUUUCUUUCCCGCACUUAUGAUGAAGCUUUUGAGAAGAUUGUUGGAACCAGGUUUUGGAUCUGGAUUUUCUCCAUAUUUUUCAUUUUUCUCAGCGCACAUGAGUUCUAUCAUUACUACUGGCUUCCAUUUCUUCCACUUGUGGUUGCUCUGCUUGUUGGGACAAAACUGCAACUCAUCAUAAUGAAGAUGAAUGUAGAUAGUUGCAAAAGAAGUCCAGUGAUCAAAGGAACUCUACUUUUGAGACUCAGUGACGAGUAUUUCUGGUUUCAUCGACCUGAAUGGCUUCUCCAUUUACUCCAAUUCAUCCUUAUCCACAACUCCUUUCAACUUGCAUUCUUCACCUGGACUUGGUAUGAAUUUGGUCCAAGGUCUUGCUUCAAUCGAGAAAAAGAGGACAUCGCCAUAAGGAUGGUCAUGGGUGUAGCUGUGCAGCUCCUCUGUGGUUAUGUGACUCUCCCCCUUUAUGCACUUGUUACUCAGAUGGGUUCUAGCAUGAGUAGAGCAGUUUUCACUGAGCGUGUUGCUCAGGGCCUAAAAAGUUGGCACAAAAAGGCUAAGCAAUCUCUUUCCCAAAACAACUCAGUUACUAGCAGACACUCACUUUCUUUACACUCCAAAACAAGUGAGAAUUCAUUAAGAGGCUCUGUGGAGAGCAUUCACACCCCAGAAAAUGAAGAAGAGAACUUGCACCCAGACAUGGUCUUGAAUCAUCCUUCUGAGGAAGAGAUAUCAAGUCAUUCCACUUCACAGACCAAACCAGUUGUGGAAGAAAACCUCAAGAUCAUCACCAGAGAAAGCUAUGACGGUGAGAUCUCCUUUGGAAGCAGCUGGAAGAUGAAUAUGGGUAGUAGCAGGGGCAUUGGAGAAAUUAGUUCAAUUGCUGAAGAAGAUGAUAUUGAUAGAUUACCUGAGGCUGAGUUAAUUCCUUAGAGACUAGUAAUAUUUGUUUUAAAAUCUGGCUCUUUGAGACAUUUCUGCAAACACUUGUCUGUCUAUAUCUGAUUAACAUGCAGCAGCAAUCUACUGUCUUAUAAUCAUAAAGUAGAUAGAUAUACUAGAUAAAUAGACAUCUGGCGGCCCAAAUAUCAGCAUCAACCACCAGUAUAUAAUUGUGUUCCAAAUCAGUUUGUUUGAGGAAGCAAAGUAAGAAAAAGUUCAGAAAAAUAAGUUCAACAUUUGCUAAAUGAUAGUUAAUUUGUGAUCUGAAAA